AUGUUUUGAUAUGGUAGGAAAGGGGAAAUGCAUUGGAUGGAAAGUAGUCAUUGGGAAAGAAAUGGGGAAGCUAAAAAGAUGAGAGACAAGACAAUGACAUGUAAAAGCUGAAGUGGGUUAGCAUAUAUAACACAUGCAUGUAUGGAUGUGCAUGUGGAGGUGGAUGUGAUCAAACAUAAAAGAUGAGGAGCCGGGUAGUAAAGAAUGGGAUGUGGUCAGGAGAAUACAUUCCUGAGGGACUAAAAUAAUAUGGAGAAAUGGCCAAAAGGAGGAUUGAUUUGUGUAGUAAAGAAUGUGGUGGAUGGGAGGGAAGGAGCAAAGAAAAAGGAGAGGAAAAGAGUGAAAGGAAUACCCCUGGAAAUAAGGCUAAUGCUGGGAAAGUGGAGACAGCCAGAGACAAAGUCUGGGCUUCAAUUGCACGCAUGCUUUCCACACAUAUAUCCCUCCUUCCUCCCCCCCUAUAAACACCAAAUCAUCAUCAUCAUCAUCAUCCCCCCAUCUCUCCUUCUCUCUCUUCCUCAUAUUCUCAUAUUGUGAGGAGAGGAAACAUGCCAACCUGUUUUUCCAACAAGCUUCACCCCACAUCUCCUUGUUCCACCAAUCAACCUCUCUACUUUUCUAUAUCUCUUCAAAAGAAACAAAAAACAAAGUUUCUUUCACUACCUCUAAUGGGGUUGCUCUCUCCCAAAGUUCCUUCAACCCUUAGCUGCUUUGAUACUAAUCAAAGUAUACCAUACUCCAUACACUAAAUAACACAAUCUAAUAAUAUUAUGGCAUUGAACUCAUAUCUAUCUCAACUACUUCCCAACACAUCUAGCUAAUUCCUUCCUCUUUGAAUACUAGCCCAUUUCACCUGAGGCAAUGGUAAUAAACCAAUCUUCAUUUUCACCAACAAUCAUCAUCAUCAUGUACAGACAGAUACAUACGUACAUAUAUAUAUAUAUAUACUUCUCACCACAGGAAAAUAGCACAUACAUGCUUCUCCAUUUCAGGUCAAAUAAUCGCUCAAUGAGUUUGGAUUUUUGCUCAAUCAGUUACCAAUACUAGAGACAUGAUCCGUUUUACAUGGUACAGAAAAGCAACAAUUGAAUUGAGAACUCCAAAAUCCCCGUAACAUUCAGUGAGCUGUCAUGCUACCAUCACACUACUCAUGCGUCCUGAUGUUCAUGUUCUUUCAAUAAGCUGAUAUGACUUCUAGCUAUAAUUUGGAUGACACUCAGCUGACUACAAGGAUCAUAGAUCAAUGGGGUCUAGCCACCGUACACAAAUGUAUUUUUUUGGUACUAAACACCCCCAAUCAAAUAGUGUCAUGUAUCCAUUUUAACAUCCUAUUAUUUGUAUCCUUGUGCGUUUGUCUCCUUCAUUUGGAUCAGAUCUUUUAUUCGGUAGGUUCUACUAAGGUACUUAGCAUUUUCCAAAUCAAUAUUACGACCAACAGGAACUAGCUAACUAUCAAAGCAGAUGAAAUUUGAUAGGCUCACCGGAAACCGGAGCUUGCAGAUUGGAUGUCCAUGGUGGCCCUACAAGGUUGACGUGUGGGCCUAUGGAUGAUAGCCAGGUUAGACCCUUGUAGACAGGUGGUCGGUCACUGUCAGGCCAGCGAGUGCGAGCCAGAUAAUACAGUCGGCGACUCACCGGAAUUCUUUUUAUUCAUACAAACCAACAGUACCAUGCAAAGCAUAAUUUCUAUUUAGUAAUUGGAAAGAGGGAUUACAAAUCAUUCCCAUGCCAUCAACAUCUUAAAAUAAAUCCAUAAAGAGACUGGGCUUGGUUCCUAGGAAUCUAUUUCUUCUCUUUAUAUUCACAAAUCCUUCCCUUCUUGUUCACACACCACCAUAGACAGAAGCUAGCUAGGGCUGAAAUCAAGAACAGCAUUCAUGGCCACCCAACAUGAGAAUUAUUCACUAGUCUCUAUAACAAAGAGAGUUUCCGUGUACCCCAAAUCACUGCGUCCCCAACAGCUCCUCAGCCUGUCCAAUUUGGAUAGGCAGUGUCCAACACUCAUGUACUUGGUUUUCUUUUACAACCCAUCUCAUGCUUUGAAAAAUUUAUCCAUCAAGACGGUUUUCAGUAGCUUGAAGUCUAGCCUGGAAGAAACCUUGUCUGCCUGGUACCCAGCUGCCGGUAGGCUGACUUUGAACCCUAGUGAUGGGAAGCUUGAACUCUGGUGCAACAACGGUGGUGCAAUUCUAGUUGAGGCAGUGACCCAAGUUCAAAUCUCUGAGCUUGGAGAUCUCUCAGAGUACAACGAAUUCCACGAGAAGCUCGUCUUCAAGCCAUCUUUUAAUGGGAAUUUCUCCGAUAUGCCUCUCCUUGUUGCCCAGGUGACAAGGUUUGGAUGUGGAGGCUACUCGGUGGGUGUGGGCACGAGCCACUCCUUAUUUGAUGGACCAGCUGUGUUUGAUUUUCUUCGUGCAUGGGCUUCUAAUACAACUAUGAUAGGGAGUACAGGUCUUGAUCAUCAGCAGCAUAAGCCCGUGCACGAUCGAGGGACACUGUUGGCUUGUAUGCGAUCGCAACCAGCAAGUGCUAAAUUGGGUAAAAACCCGAAUUCAGUGUCAAGAGUUGCAGCAAUAGAUCAUUUAUAUCUACUGAUAAAACAAGCUGCUAGCGAUUGGAAUCAUGUCUCAGAUGGGAAGCUUGGUGGGCAGAAGCUUUCCCACAUGGGUAGCUCAAAUCAAGACAAUUAUGUGCUCAAGACCUUUCAUCUGAAUGUUUCAAUGAUAGAAAGCUUGAAGAGGAAGAUCUUUGGUGAGAAGAGAGGAAGCCUUCCAUGUUCAUCCUUUGAGGUGGUUGCAGCUCACCUGUGGAAGGCAAGGACCAAAGCUUUAGGACUAAGGAAGGAAAGAAUGGUGUGCCUGCAAUUUGCUGUGGACACAAGGACCAAGAUGGUGCCACCACUGCCGGAAGGCUUCAGCGGGAAUGCUUAUGUACUUGCAUCCAUAGCUCUAACAGCAGGAGAAUUGGAGGAAGAAAGCCAUGGGAGCUUAAUCGAGAGGAUAAAGGAAGCCAAGAACUCAGUCACCACCGACUACAUCUGUGCAUACAUGGAAGCACUGGAAGCACCUCAGACCAGUCUCCCUCCCCUUAAGGAGCUAACCCUGGUUUCAGACUGGACAAGGAUGCCAUUCCACAAGGUCAAUUUCCUCCAUGGAGAAGCUGCCUUUGUAUCACCACUGGUUCCUCCUAUCACCCAAGUGGCAUACUUCAUGCACAGCCCCACUGAAAGUAGAAGCAUUGAUGUGAGAAUUGGUCUGCUCCCACAAACCUUGACUGCCUUCUCACACCACUUCCUCACCAAUAUGCAAUAAUUUCAAAGGCCGACCCCCUUUUUUCAGUUUAUCUUAGGUGAUGUUGUGAAACAAGAUGCUUAGAAAAUGAUUAUCUGAUAUGAUAAACGGGGAUUUGUCGUCGUUUGCGAACAGAUUAUCCGACAAUGAUGUAUGAAGAAUGUCAUUAGGUAAGACAUAUAAUCCAAAACAGAUUUUCUGUCAACCA